AUGGGACGCGGCAGUAAACAAGGCCAACAGCAGGGUCAGCCAUGGAACUCAGGAGGCUACAGAGUCUGGCCUGGUGCAUACUCGCCUCAUGGUGGCAGUGGUGUCAAGGACAAGCAGCGGCCGUGGAACCAGGGCACUCAACGUGCGGAACCUGUUUUCCCCACGUAUGCUUCGGUCAAUCUUCCCGCAGACAGACCGAAUGCCGCGCUGAACGUUACCAGGAAGGCGGAGCAGAAAGUUCUGAAGCUUCGCGAAGCCCACAAAGCUGCAGGUGUGAAAUGGAGCGAGUUCGAAGCCAAGAUGAAAGAAGCGUUCCGCCGCGAACGCUCCCGCUUUUCGCGGGACCUGGAACGUCUGGGGAAGGAGAUUCUGGAAGCAGAGGAGGCACAGGAGAUCGCGAGAAUGGGACUCAGAGCUGCCUUUUGUGGCGAGUCCCAGCUGCCGUCUCACUCCAAUGGGGACGCGGACAUGUCCGGGGGACCAGAUGUGGAAGAAGUUUUCGCAGAGUGGGCCAGAGAAGACUCCUCGGCGACGGAUGCAAUGGUGCGCCGUGCGCUAGGAGCCUCCUUGGUUACCCCUACAAGACCUACUGCUGCAGCUCCGCGCACGCCUCUUCAGGACCGAGCUUCAGUUCCACCUGGACUUUCCACAGCAGAUCCGGGAGUUGCGGCGUUCGAUCCGUACUCUUAUGUUCCCUCCCCUGCAGCCAUACCUCCUGGCAAUGGUUUUUCGGGGAAUGCAAGCCAGCCCCCUAUGGUGCGACCGAUCGUGGAGAGGCCCGCGAUCGCACCCACUCCUCCGCCAGCAGAGCCGCCGCCAGGACCCGACACCAUGCAGGAGUCCUACGGCAAAAGCCCCAGUCUACAGGAGCGCCUUCUUCGCCGGCGAGCCUUGGAGCCAUUCGGAACGGGGCGGCAUGCCCAGACACAUGCCGGGGGAGCUGUUACCUCAGCUCCCGACACGAUGGCCAAUUUACAUGGUGGCCUCGGGUCGCACCCAGUUCGCAUUGUGAACGACGACGACGAGUUCAGCGGUCAGGAGGCGGUGCACCACCCCGGAUAG